AUGGUAUACUCCACCCUCCGUGCGUCAUCCCACUUCCAGUUAUUCUUGUACUCCGCCGCUUCGAUCGACCGUGGAUCAUUGUCGAAAGGAUGGUAUAGUGUCCCGAUGACCCUCUGUGUCGCCGCCUGCGAAGUUAUGCUCGGAGGAGGAUACGGAGCGCUACUGUUGGUAUGUCGCGGCGGCAAUGGCGGUCCCGCGCGUGGAGAUGGCGACGGCUGGCUUGAGACGUGUCUCGCGGUUACCAGGGAGUCCAAGGAUGGCAGACUCUUCGUCUACCACCAACUGCGACCGUUAGCUCCAAGCUGGGCCUGA